UCUGGCAAGUUUUGAAUGAAUGUCUGUGUUUUCUCCACACCUUUCAUUCUUGGCCCCAGAAUUCGAGAUGCUCUGAGAUCUGUGCUGAACAUUUCGCGAUAUGGGAACCAGUACAUCCAAAUUAACGAGCCCUGGAAACGAAUCAAAGGAAGUGACGCCGAACGGAAGCGAGCGGGCACAGUGACUGGGGUGGCUGUGAACGUGGCCUGCCUGCUCUCUGUCAUGCUGCUGCCCUUCAUGCCGACCGUUAGCGCUGCCAUCCAGUGGCAGCUGCAGGCGCCAGAGCAGUGCAACUCGCUGACUGACCGCUUUGUCUGCAUGCUGCGAGCCGGGCACCGCAUCGGGACGGUCAGCCCGCUGUUCGAAAAGCUGGACCCGGUUCGGAUCGAGGGGUUGAGGAGCAAGUACGGAGGUCAGAAGGUGACCACAGAGGCCAGACCUGUCCCCGGGGAGAGAGAGAGCACCGACCCCAAGGACCUCCGCGAGCUGGUGAGCAAACAGGGUAACCGGGUGCGUGAUAUGAAGGCGCGGAAAGCGGAGAAGUCGCUCAUCGACGCUGAGGUCUCCACCUUGCUGGACCUGAAAAGGAGGUUGGAGCAAGCAGAAAGGAAGGUGGGGGGGGAGAAGUGAUGUGGCCAUGAUUCCUUAACCCCCCACCGCCCACCUCCUCCUGUUCCCAUCUUGACCACGAGCUGUGCGACUCUCUCUCUCUCUUUGCCCUCUGCUCCGGGCACAGUCCGAUCCCACGCACGCUGGCCCGGCCCGGCCCAGUCCACGGGAGGAGCCGGGUGUGAGUGUGUUUGAAAACGUGUCGCCCGGGUGCGUUGGCGAAGGUGGUCAGGAGGAGAGGGGUUUGGCCGGGUGAAAUACCCGUGGUUCGGGACCUAUCGUCUGGUGACUGUCUGCCAGGGCAAGACUUGCAAAAUCUCGUCAACUACAGAGCGGGGCAAUAAAACAGUUUUUAAAAAAUAUA